AUGAUAAAAGAUUCAUUUGUAGCAACUCCAGCUAUAAAUAGAUUAACAAGAAACAAGACUGAAUUUGGUAUUUUGAAUGACAUUUUUGAAGAAAAACAGAUUCGAUUAAUUGUAGAAAAUCCACAAUUGGAAAGGUUAGGUAUUCAAAACUCUAUCAUUUUAGAUUAUGCAACUAAAAAGUUUUCUUCAAUUGGAAAAACCAAUUCAACUGCAACAUGGAAUCAAGUUUUGGAAGAAUUUGGUAAAAGUUUUGAUCGUCAUUAUUAUCAUUCAUAUGAGGUUGGAGUUUAUUCAAGUAGAGCUGCAUCAUUAACUGCUCAUAUCAAACCUCAUGAUGACUCUUUGGCUACUAUUAAUAGUCCAUUUAUAAACAAAGUUGUGGAAUUGCUAAAAACAUAUGAUAAAGUAGUUUGUCAAGGUAUCUCUAUUGAAAGAUUAUUUAGAGAUUGUGAUGUUUUUCAAACAUUUUUCAAUCAUUUCAAGGAAAAAGUUUCAUUGGUUCAAUUAUAUCCACCAAGUAGUUAUUUUAAAAUAAUCAAAUUAAAUCCUUUACAAUUAAUUGAUAAUUUAUAUUUAAUGAAUCAAUUUGGUAGAAAGGAAAAGAUUUCAAAAGAAGAAUUUAAAGAAUCAUUACCUGCGACCAUACCUCAUUAUUCAAAAAAGGUAUUUGAAAUGUUGAAAGAGAUUGAUAGAGAAAAAACUAAAUCAACACCUAUAUUGUUUCUUUCAAUGGUUACAGAUCAAAACCUUCCAACCAUUCUAGAGGGUUGUUUAAAAAGUAAACAUUUUCGUUCGAAUAUGGCAUUCAAGAAAAACUAUCUUUUGAAUUUCCAAUCUCUCAAACAUUCUCUUGGUGGCAAUUCAAAAUCUCUCAGAUCACUUGCUCAAGUUGGUUAUGAAAACUCUAAUUUUCAAAGUGAUCAAGUAUUUGAAAAGGUUUUGGCUGCUAUUGAACAAUCAAUUGCUAGUCAUGAUGAUAACGAGACUAUCAAUGGUAAUAAUAAUUCAAUGGUUAUUGAAAAGGUUAAAUCUCAUCACAAUAAUUAUAGUAUAAUUUUAAAUAAUUAUUUUUUAAAAGAUUUUAAAAAAUGUUUUGACAAUAACCAUAGAGGUUUUACUAGAACUAGUCAAGACUGUAUUUUAAAAGAUCAAGAAAAUGGUUCAACCAAUUUAGCAAUUACUCUAUCAGCAAUGGCUACUCAACCCAAUUUGCAAACUGAAACUGAAAAGGAAAUUGAAAUGGAUGAUUCAAAUACAAUAGAAUCACUUGAAUUAAAUUGUAUUAUCAAAAGAUCAAAAACUGAUGGAGGUUAUGUACCAACAAAAAAAGUAGAUGAAAUCAUUGCUGCAAAUCUCCAACACAAAUCGGAAACAUACCAAAAUGAAGCACAACAACUCUUUGCAGCCAUCAAUCCUUCUACCAACAAUACAGACUUUGUUCAAGUUUUUGGUGUUGAUGCUCCUUUGAUUCAAAAAAAUAAUAAUAAUAAUAAUAAUAAUAAUAAUAAUAAUAAUAAUAAUAAUAAUAAUAAUAAUAAUAAUAAUAAUAAUAAUAAUAAUAUUAAUAUUGAUAUUGAUAAUAAUGAUGUAAUCACAACCUUUUCAACAAAUUCAUUGACAACCAACACAAGAGAUACAAGUACAACCAACACAAAUAUAGCAACAAUUCUUCCUCAUGCUCCUCCUCUUGCCCCUUAA